ACUGAGUGGGAGCUGUGUUGACUACCAUUACUUCUUCGUUUGUCCUCAAUUAUGUCUGGGAUGGUGGCUCUGCGGCUCCCCAGAGGCCUUUGGACAGCGGCCUUGACGGUGAUGCUGGUGGUGCUGGGUGCUCCAGUGGCUGAGGGCAGAGACUCUCCACAGGAUUUCGUGUACCAGUUUAAGUUCGAGUGCUACUUCUUCAACGGAACGCAGCGGGUGCGGGGCGUGGCCAGGUGGGUCUACAACCAGGAGGAGCACGUGCGCUUCGACAGCGACGUGGGGGAGUUCCGGGCGGUGACCCCGCUGGGGCGGCCGACCGCCGACUACUGGAACGGCCAGAAGGACGUCCUGGAGCAGAAGCGGGCCGAGGUGGACACGGUGUGCAAACACAACUACCAGAUAGAGGAAGGCACGACCCUGCAGCGGCGAGUGCAACCUACAGUGACUAUCUCCCCAUCCAAGGCAGAGGCUCUAAACCACCACAACCUGCUGGUCUGUGCGGUGACAGAUUUCUAUCCAAGCCAGGUGAAAGUCCAGUGGUUCCGGAAUGGCCAGGAGGAGACAGCUGGCGUUGUGUCCACUCCUCUUAUUAGGAACGGAGACUGGACCUACCAGGUGCUCGUGAUGCUAGAGAUGAAUCUCCAGCGAGGAGAUGUCUACACCUGCCGCGUGGAGCACUCCAGCCUCCAGAACCCCAUCUUGGUGGAGUGGCGGGCACAGUCUGAAUCUGCCCAGAGCAAGAUGCUGAGCGGUGUCGGGGGCUUCGUGCUGGGGCUGAUCUUCCUCGGGCUGGGCCUUUUCAUCCGUCACAGGAGUCAGAAGGGGCUCGUGCGCUGAAUCCUGAAGAUACUUUGGGGUUGGUUUUUGCUCUUCUUAAAUGCCUGUCUGUUCUUGCCUGGAAUUCCCAUCCCCCCUGCCAGCUUGUCCUCUCUGAGGUCAGAUCCUACAGUGACUCUGAUGCAGUCACCAGGGCGCUUCCUGUGAUCCCCACCUCAAGGCUCUGGCUGUGAAGCUUCUUCCUGAACUGACCCCAGCGCCUCUGCCUGAGUGCAGCCAGCUGUGUCUACUCAGACCACAAGGGAUUUUCCUGUUCCUAUUUCCCCUCAACAGACUGUGCAAGAGAAGCACAUUGAAACCAUUUAACUGGCUAUAGAGUGCUUUUUUUAAAAUCAUAAUUAAACAUGAUUAUGAGUU